AUGGGUCCAAGUAAACACAUUUUCAAGAUAAUUAAUAAAAAACGUAUCAAAAUUGUUGAAAAUCCAAUAGUUAAAUAUAAUCACAGCUGCAAGUAUACUUUAUACAAAAUGCAAGACACCAUCUAUUCUUCAAAUCAAAUCAAUAAAUUAAUAACUUCAAUAAAAAAGACAAAUGAAAUGCUUCACGAAUCUGAAAUUGAACAAGAAAGUCAGGAAAAAAAUGACCUUUCAUAUGAUAUCAACUUUGAUCCAUAUGCAGAAUAUGAUUAA